AUGAAUAGCUCCCAAGAUAGUGCAAGUGUUGAUCGUAUGCCACAUCUGAAGCAACUGGUUCUGAGCAGUGAUGACGGUACAUCAACUUCUGAGCAAGAUGUGGGUAUACCUUAUGAAGUUUUAAAAAAUAGGGAUUCAGUUGUUAGCAGAAAUUGGGAAUGUCAAAAUAAUGCGAAUAGUGGUUACGAAUCACCUAUAUAUGAAAAAAAUGAUAGUUUAAACAGCAUGCCUGCAAAUGGUGUGCCCGAUACACCAUUGGGACAGGCUGUGACAAAUUUGUAUGCAUCCUGGGUGCAACUAAUUAGUGAUUUAUCAGCACGAACAGGUUAUUUGCCCCCAACGCUGGAGCAUAUCAAAGAAGUUGCUGAAUGCGCAGUCCGUCAGUUAAAAGAUUCUUGUCAUGACUUAACUCGUGAAUUUGCUCGAGUUGGUCUUGAGUGGCGUCUAACACACCCGAAUGAGGCUCUUGCUGAGGAUUUAGCAGAUUAUGAUCAAGCCAUUUUACGACAAGAAUCGUUGCUGGAACGAGCUGCUGGCAUUAUUGAACGACGAUUGAACGAUUUAGCGACCGAGAAAAGUUCACAAGAAUUUGAAUAG